AUGCGUCAAUCCCCCCCAGGAGAGCCUCCCCCCAGGAGAGCCUCCCCCCAGGAGAGCCUCCCCCCAGGAGAACCUCCCCCCAGGAGAGCCUCCCCCCAGGAGAACCUCCCCCCAGGAGAACCUCCCCCCAGGAGAACCUCCCCCCAGGAGAACCUCCCCCCAGGAGAGCCUCCCCCCAGGAGAACCUCCCCCCAGGAGAGCCUCCCCCCAGGAGAACCUCCCCCCAGGAGAGCCUCCCCCCAGGAGAACCUCCCCCCAGGAGAACCUCCACUGUGGAGAACCUCCCCCCAGGAGAACCUCCCCCCAGGAGAGCCUCCCCCCAGGAGAGCCUCCCCCCAGGAGAACCUCCCCCCAGGAGAGCCUCCCCCCAGGAGAACCUCCCCCCAGGAGAACCUCCACUGUGGAGAACCUCCCCCCAGGAGAACCUCCCCCCAGGAGAACCUCCACUGUGGAGAACCUCCCCCAGGAGAGCCUCCCCCCAGGAGAACCUCCCCCCAGGAGAGCCUCCCCCCAGGAGAACCUCCCCCCAAGAGAGCCUCCCCCCAAGAGAGCCUCCCCCCAGGAGAACCUCAGCCCAGGUGGAAUCAGGCUGCAGAGCAGCAGGACUGA